AUGGGUCGGCUCGAUUGGAGUGAUUCCAUGACCUCACAGAGAAUCGGCGUAUCGGAUCGCUGGACAAACAAUAUAAGCUACCGUCAGCUGGUGGUAUCAGCCUGCAUCGGUAUCUUCCAAGUAUGGUGGCAUCCGUACCUUCACGACUUUCGAAGGUUGCUGCCCUUCAUUUUCCUCUACAAUGUCUUCAGCGUGCUCAUUGGGUAUCCACUGUUUUACCUGGAACUCGCCUUGGGCGUGGCCACCAAGAAGAGUGUGCUUAAUUGCUGGGAUAUAGCGCCGAUGUCACGAGGCAUAGGGUUCGCGAUGCUAUCGACGUGCGUGUUCAGUGCGCUGGCGACGGGCGGGGUGGGGGCGUGGUGCCUGGCGCUGACGGUCCACUCCGUCCACACGUUUCUGCCGUGGCUGCACUGCGCUGCCGAAGCCCAGCCACCCUGCGCAGCCAGGCACCGUCCUCUUCAAGCAGGGAGCGAGACACCCCCACAAUCCUUCUUUUAUAACUUCGUGUUGGAUUUGAAACGUGAUGGUUUGGCGGGAGGUCUUGGCAACGUCGUGUGGGAGCUGGUCAUCUACUACGUGAUAUGCUGGAUACUCAUCUACUUCAUUGUCAUCAAACGGAUUUAUAGCUUCUCAAAGUUGGUGAUGUUUAAAGACGUGCUGACAUACUUCGUGCUGGUGUGUGUGGGUGUGGGCGCGGUGCAGCUGAAGGGAGCCUCCCGCAUGUUUAACGAUUGCGACUGGAGCGUUCUAUUUGAGAACUUACAGAUAUGGCGUGAAGCGAUCGAGUAUUCCUUGAUAGAGAUGACAGUCUGCCAAGGAUCCCUGGUAAUGCUGGGAUCCUAUUGCCCCAAGACGCAGCACAAGCUAGGCACCACGGCGAUGCUUGCGUUUGCUAUCUCCAAGUCUGGUUGCAUGACAGCCGCGCUCGUACUAGGAGCCACGCACGGAGCUUUGUAUAAAGACUACGAAAAUGCUACUAACAUUUUGCCAGGAUCGUCCUCGUCAAUUAUCCUGUGGUCAGACUACGUGGCGCGUGUACCCGGCAGUCAGUUCUGGUCGGCACUCGUAUUCUUUACGAUGUUCGUCUUAGCACUUACUACAACUGCGCUGUUGGUGCAAACAAUAAUGUCGGCGUUCACAGGCCACUCGAUCAGAAAGAUCACGGGGCCCUUCCUCAUAGUCGUCUGCUUGCUAUUCUGCUUAAUCGGAACCAUGACUCUGUGUACACAGGGUGGUUUGUACGUAGUAAACUUCCUGAUGAAUUGGCCGGCAUCGAAGCCUCGCUUGCCUAUCGCUGCAUUAAUCGCCACUGUAGUCACCUUCGUGUAUGGACAAACUACUUUCUGUGAAGACGUUUACUUCGCAGUCGGAGAAUACCCCAGUGUGUUUAUGAGGGUCUGUUGGGCACUCUCUCCCGCCAUCAUGAUGUUGGUUUUUGCUGGCGGUGCGGGCCCGUGGGGUUCGAACGAGGCCAUGGCUGGCUGGCUUCUGUUGGGUGUUGCAAUGCUACCCAUCGUCAUCUUUGUGCUGAUAUACGGAAUGUUCAAAUGCAGAGUUCGAUUGGUAAAAAAGGAACAGCUGUUCAGCGACUUGCUUGGCUCCCACGACCGCCCUGCACACUACGCUAUUCGUGCGACGUUACAUCGACGCUAG